CCCACUUUUUGUUAUAUCUCUCUUCUGCAACGUGCUCCAGAGCCUCCAAUAUAUGAAUAUAGACUGUGCACAAUUCGGGAGGCUCUGUGACUGGAACGGAUCAACUCUUUCUAACACUGUCGGUCUUUCCUCGUAUCAAGCAAGCUUGAUUUAUUUUUACGCAUUUAGCAUACUUUAAUACAGCCUUGAUGAUAUAUCGUCUAUGCUUCUACCAACUACAAUGAGCAACGAUAAUGUUGAUCGGGAAACGUUUCCUUUACGAUUCCGGGAUCCUGUAAGAGACCAGCAUUUGGGUUCUCCCGAAGUUGGAAUCGAGGCAGACUUCUCCAAGAAGCCGGUUGUACCAUUAGUAUCGGAUGCUGGGUCACCAGCAGGGUCAUCUUCAACCAACCAGGCGCGCCACUCCACCAGUUCUUCCCUUUUGAAGAGACUUGAGUCGAGUGGUGAUAUUCCGACUGGUUAUCUCGCAGAUGGUCUAAGUGAUCCUGAUAGCGAAUGGGUAUCUCCGAACAAGAGGCGUUGUCAGUCACGGCAAAGCAGACGGGGGCCAUCCAGCGCCUCUCCCGAUCGUCCAACCCGCAGGCCAAUUACUGAAAGUCCAAUGGCAAAGGCCCAAUUUAACGAAACCGAUACUCACUUUCGUAGUGCUUCUACUAAAUCGCCGGGCGAUCUCAAUGGGGAAUUUUCACAGACACACCACCAAAGAGACUCCAACCAGAUUUUGAAUGAAAGCCCACAUAUACCGAAUGCGAACCUUACACAGGGCGCUAUGGCUUCCGCGCCUAUAUCAAACGAAUCUAGAGAGAGCUUGAGCCAUGAACAGAAGAUGGUUGGAGGGCACUCUGCGGUAGCUGGAGGUAUAGAAUCAACUGGGAUCAUCUUACAGCCAGAAACUCAUCCUAUAACAGAAGAUCAAUUAGCCAAUGAGGUUCGAGGAAUUUACGCCGGGCUCGUCAUGGUGGAAAAGAAGUGUAUCGACAUCGUCAAACAACAAUUUGUACAGGAAAGCGAGUUGUCCCAUCAGCAAUGGCAAGCCUUGAUCGCCCUACAUCGAACCUUACUCCAAGAGCAUCACGACUUUUUCAUGGCCUCGCAACAUCCGUCGGCUAACCUAGCUUUGAGGAAAUCAUCAGAAAAGUACAAUGUGCCCGCUCGUAUGUGGCGCUACGGAAUCCAGACAUUUCUGGAAUUAUUACAUCGUCGACUUCCUGAAUCCCUCGAACACAUGCUGACGUUCAUUUAUCUGGCUUACUCAAUGUUAACACUGCUGUUAGAGACCGUCCCGGCAUUUGAAGAAACCUGGAUUGAGUGUCUUGGAGACCUGUCAAGAUAUGGGGUUGUUAUUGAAGAACGUGGCUUGCUGGAUCAUGAGAUCUGGGUUGGAAUUGCAAGAUAUUGGUACAAUAAGGCAGUAGAUAAGAACCCUGAUGUCGGCAGGAUCCAACACCAUCUCGGGGUUCUAGCGCGGCCCGAUAUUGUCCAGCAGCUGUUUUACUACACAAAAUCCCUGGUUAGUGUGCGUCCAUUCCCACGCACCAGGGUGAGUAUCCUGCGCUUUUUUAGCCCGCUCUUGCAAGGUCCAAGAGUGAUUGGUUACCCCCAUGUCACGACUGCCUUUGUGUCCGCCCAUGGCUACCUUUUUACGCAAACUACUGCAGUUCAUUUCAUUAAAUCAGCGGAUGAGUUCUUGUCCUCACUGGAAAAGUAUAUUCCCCGAGUGGGCGUGACGUUCAGAAUGCAGGGAGUUUACCUCACUUCUUCUAAUAUUGCGGCAAUGCUAGAAUACAGUAACAGUGAUUCUCUCCUAUGCGCUGAAUUUCACCAAGUGGCUACAAAGCAUCCCAACCCAUUUGAGAGUCUUGCUGCUGCCGAAGACCCCGUCACAAGCGCCCAUGAGGCUGUGACUAGUUUCCUUACCCUUGGGGCUCAAAAGGGUCCCUCCCAACUGGCUUAUGGGUCUUGCCUUGCUUUUGAGACAUUCUCCGUUAUGCUUGAACAUGUUAACAACAUGAAUCUAUUCCCCGCACUCCAUACCUCUCUGGCAUUCCUAUGGUGUCUGUCAUAUACCGCGUCUGGUAUGAAAUGUGUUGAAGCCGUAGUUCCUUGGAACAGAAUUGUCAUCUUCCUCAAUAUGAUCAUUCAACCGGGUUUUCUUCAAAGACUGGUUCAGGGUUGGUUGACCUCCCUGGAUGAAUUUGACUUCAACUUGAUCGAGGGGGCCGAGUUUCCUAUCUCUAAUGAAACAAGUUGGCUUCCGGAAGACUUCCUCAUUCGUGGCCAGCUCUGGAGCCAAGUUUAUUAUCCUUCAUCGUUCUUUGAGAAUUGCCCUUCUGAUCAAGAUGGGCGGAAUGUCGAACGAGAGUCCCUGAGUAUCUCUAGAAUGUACCGGUGUCUCUGGUUGGGUGUGAGACUGGCGAAGUUCAAUCGUUGGAUAGCAUAUGACCCUUCUUCGCGGCAGUUUUCCCUGACGCCAUUUGCUCUGGAACUCGAGACAGCUCUGAAAUCUGAGACAAUCUCAGAACUCGAGAAGAUGGUGGAAACAAAACCUGGUAGUGCUAUAUACCUGGUAAGGCAUAGGUUCCAGUUGCCUGGUCUACAAGACGGCGUACCGUGUCCUCCGUCAACAGGUUAGAAUACAUAAUUCAAACAUAUAUGUUCUUAUGACAGUUCCGACAGA